AUGGCCACAUCGGGUCAACCACUUCACGGGGUCCGGGAUCGCGCAAGGAUCGUAUGCUGCCAGUGUCACGCACGCAAGGUCAAGUGUGAUUUGCAAACUCGAUCCCAGGGCACUUGUUCCAAUUGUUACAAACAUGGAUUAGCCUGCCAACCUCGCGCCAACCGAAGAGCGACUGUCAAGGAAAGAUAUGCAAAGCAAGCUCUGGGAUCUCCGAGACCCAAUGGAACAGCUCCGCCAGGGCUGGUCAGGCCAGCGACGCCAGAAACAUCCAUCAUUCGUGAGCAACGAGACCAAGUAGCUGCAGCUCCAGCACCGGAAGCGUUCCAUAAACAGUAUCUGGGUGCAAUGACAUCGAUCAUGCAUAGUACUCCGAGCAUUCCCCCAAACUAUCAGCGCAUCACAGCUUUCUCCAAUAGCCGGAACCAGGAGAUCCUGACGACGAUCAUAGACCCUACAGCAUCCCCACCGACCAUCUUAUUCAAUGCAUAUAUCGACGCCUACUUCCAACACCUUUUUCACCAGUUUCCCGUGAUUGAUCAUGCCGACCUAUCGUCCGACAGACCGUCGCUCGCGCUUCAGCAAGCCAUUUGCAUGGUGGGGACGAUGCUGCGGCAUCCCAAAGGGCCAGAUAUUCUGUCGGAGAACGAGAAGUAUUAUUACAACGCCAAGACCCUCAUCCACACCAACCACGAGCAGGACCCAAUGACCGUUCUGAAGGUUUUGUGUCUUUUGGCCACUCGCAACGUCGCUGGUCCGGUGCUACUGACCGUGGAUUGCGCGUGGCAUUGGUUGGGGAUCGCAAUCAGAUUGUUGCAACAAAUGGGCCUACACCGCGAAGAAAUGUGUAUUGCAUCUGUCAAUCCGGGAAUCGCACGCAGGAUUGCAUGGUGCCUUUUCGUCCAAGAUAAACUGUUGUCCGGUGCAUUUGGACGGCCGACGUGCAUCAAAGAAGAUGAGUUUGAUGUGCGACCCCUGGCGGAAGAAGAUUUCGAGUGCCCCGGCAUCCAACCUUUGCUUUUCAUGCAGCUGGCCAAGAUAGCGAGCAUUCUGGGGAGGAUCUUAGACCUCCGAUGGCGGUCUCCUAAAGAUAUACAAGCCCAGCAUACAGAUAUCCUCCGUUCACUGAAAGAUUGGAUCCGCAAUCUUCCCACGCCUAUUCACAUUUUCGACCGCAACGGCUCGCGAACGUACCGACGGGAUGUUUUCGAAUUACAUAUCGUGUAUUUUGCCACGAUCAUCUUAUACUGUGACCUCUUCAACGACCAUGACAUUACCUCGGUCCCGAACAUUGUAUCCCUGGUCGCUUCUUCAUGCGUUGCCCGCUUAUACCACGAGAUUGACUGUCGGGACGAUCUCAAUUAUCUUCUUGGGAUACAAAACUGGUUCCUCACAGUCGCUGCAAUGCCGCAGCUGCUCUACAACGCCGCGGAAUGCUCCCUGCCAGAAUCCGAUAGCUACUGCUCGGAAGAGCUGGAUAUUCUUGUGUCGUCGUUGGAGCAGGUGCAAACCCGAAUUCCCGGGUCAACGGUGAUAUUGAACGCGAUCAAUCGACUGCGAGCGUCGCGCACUAGCGGUCGAGUCCGAAAUAAUCUGGCAACAACCAUGGGUGAAUCGCAAGAAAAGGCCUUGUUCAGCGAAGGCUAUGACCUAUUCAGCUUCCGCGACUUGUUUCCAUUUCCGAAUUCGCUGUCUCCAAGGCUUACCCUGUGGGAGGUGUAUGCUGGAGACAUCUUCCAAGGCCUGGAAACCCCCAUGACCGCCACCGAGGACCCCGGCUGGCUCUCCGGGGAGUUCGCAGAUCUCUCUCGACUGGCGUUUGCCGGCUUACCACAGCCGUUUUCUUGA